AUGACGCGAUCUCGCGCGCGCAGGAGGGAGAAGUUACGCGUGCGAUCGAUGUGGCUCGAGCGGGAGUCGGGAGGGGGGGCGAGCGGCGCGAGCGGCGGCGGCGCGGCGGCGAAGACGGCGGCGGCGGCGCCGCGCGAGACGGCGAGUUCGCGAGCGGCGGCGAAGGCGGCGACGGAGAAACGCGAGAAGGCGGCGGAGACGCCGGUGCGAGCGGUGAAAACGAUGAGCGCGGAUGCGAUCGCGAAGGCGUCGGACAGGCUGUAUCGCGGAGAGAGCGGCGUCGCGAAAUCUGUGAAAACGACGACGGCGGAGGCGGAGACGUCGUUCGCGCCGAAGAUUAGCGAGGCGAGUCGACGAUUGGCGAAGAAAUAUCGGGAAAAACAACGAACGAACGACGCGAAACCGGCGGCGAGCGAUCGCGCGUCGACGUUGCCGACGCGCGAGCGCGAGGAAUUGAAGGAAUUGGAAUCGUGCACGUUUGCGCCGAACAUUUCGAGACGGUCUCGAGAAAUCUCGGCGUCUUUGUACAAGAAAAAGUCUGGAUCUUUCGUCGAACGUUCGCGCGUGUGGGCGCAACGUAAAGAAGCGAUUCUCGAGGCCGAGCGCGAGGCGAAAGUCGAGGAUGAUUUGCGCGAUUGUACGUUCGCGCCAAAGAUUAGCGCCCCGGGGCAGACGUCGCGAGAGCGUCGUUCGACGACGAUUCUAGUAGACGAUCCGGAGAGCUCCACCGCAUCUCCAGCGCCGGCGACGCCGUCGUCGAGCGGAGUGAUGCCGAAAGGUUUGGAGUCGUUCCUGGCGCGACAACAAAGUGCGCGAAAACAGCGGGAGGAAAAGAACGCGCUUGCCAAUCGCCUCGACGGCUCGACGUGGAAACACGAGACGACGACGAGCGAACCUUUCACGUUCGCCACCGCGUCCAAGGCGCGGCAUCAAAGACCUCGCGACGUCAAGGAGGACGUCAAGGUUGAAGCAAAUGCGGCGACGCCGACGCAGCGCCGCCCGCCGAAAUCGCCGGCGUACGUCGCCGCGCGCGAGCGACUUCGCGGCGUCCAUCUGCGCGACGCUUAG